ACGUAUUGAUUUAACUAAUUAACUAACAGCCCACUACAGCACCAGACUUGUCUCCAUGCAGGAGAUAGAUACGGAUGUCAAAUAUUUAAAUAAGGCUACACUAGAAGAUUCGCUCUGAUAAUCCUUUUGACUAAUUUUGUCAUUUGUGGGGUGGGAAUAUUAUGAGUGGUAUAUAAUAGUAUAAUUUUUGUAACUAAUAUGUCUGAGAAAUCUAUAAAUAUAAAAGAAAGUCAGGUUUGUUACAACACUUAUACCUCAAGAACAGCUGGACCGAUUAGGCUAAAAAUUGGUGGAGAGGAGCUUAGAUCUAGGAGAAGAACAUAGGAUACUUAUGGUAGAGGUAGAGUUGAGUAGAGUAUGGUAGAGUAGGUGUUGGGUGGGAGUAUGGUAGGGUAGCUGUUACUCUUUAACGCCGCAACUACUGAACCGAUUUGGCUGAAAUUUAUAACGAAGAUAGAUAUUACCCUGGAUUAAUUUAGGAAUAUCCCGGAAAAUCUAUGGUUCCCGCGGAAUUUGUGAAAAACUGAACUUACCACGUGGACGAAGUCGCGGGCAUCCGCUAGUUUAAUAUAAUUUUGGUAAAAAUUGUUUACGAAUUUGACGAAGGUAAAUCAAAAAAUCAUGAUAAUAAAUUUUACUUUACAGGUCAAAUAUGCUUCAGAUGUCUUCAGUUUUAGAGGUGUACACUGCCUUACUUUGGAAAAUGAAGUCAUAUUAUAAAGAACUUCGUUAUAGAGUUCCAUAUGUCAACAUGACUGCCUCUGUGGUCCAGUGGUUAGUCUAUGUGUUCACAAGGUCCUGGGUUCAAAUCCUGGGUAGAGCUAAAUGAGAUACUGAGUUUUUCCUUCUUUUAAGAAAUUUUUAGUUAUAAUUAUCAGCCGUGAGUUGGAAAGUUGGUGGCAUUACACCCCAUUAGUUCUAGUUCACAAACGCCAUUUAGAUUGAAACUUUUUCUCCUUCUCCUAGAACUAUGAUUGAGGUGUCAUUUUUUCGGAAACACAUUUGAAAAGCUUUUGAAAAAAUUAAAGGGCUGCUUGCAAAAAUUGCAAAAGUUAUAAACAAUUAACUAAAAUAUAAGGGGUUUGUUUUUUUAAUAUCAAAAACUAUUUAAGAUAUUUCCAAUUUGCCAAAAGAUUCAAAAAGAAGAGGAAAAUUGCUAACAAAAACUAUAACCUUUAGAAGUCUGGCUUAAUAUUUAUUGAACUAAAUAACCUCUGGAUCUACUGAUUGACUUCCAAAUUCUUUUACCAUGUUAUUUGUGAGUUUCAUAGGCAUAUUUUUAUCCUCCUAUUCUCACCAAAACGGGAACUACGCGGGUGAAACCGGGGGGCGUCAGCUAGUUAUGUAUAUAAAUUCUGUAGGAUUUUAAAUAAUUUUAACAGUUGUAAACUAUUUCCAGGAGAAAUACUUUAUACUUAUAUACAUAAUACUAAUUUACUUAAUUUUACCUUACAGGUCAAUUAUUAUGCUUCGGACGUCUUCAGUUACAGAGGUACACUGUACACUGCCUUUUACUUGGGAAAAUGAAGUCAUACGAAGAUCUUAGUUAUAGUGUUCCACAAUUAUGUUAACAUAACUCUCUUACAUACUUAUAACAUAAGCCUCUCUGGUUCAGUGGUUACCCUAUGUGGUCACGAGGUCCGGGGUUAUAUAAGAUACUGAGCUUUUCAUCUAAGAAAUUUUGACUUAUAAUUCUCAGUCCUUAGUUGGGAAUUUAGUGGUGUUACACCCUGUGCCUCAGAGUGCAUGUUAACUUGUCCCGGACAAGGCCACGUCCCGUAAAUAAUGGAUAAAACGCAAAUGGUAGAUACGCCACCUAAUUCUACAAUUCUACGUUUUAUACUAAUUUACUACCCUCUAUAAGUGUACAAGUUUUUAAAAUAAUGGUUUUUUCGAUUCAAAAUUAGAUUUCAUCAUUUUUUACCGGACAAUGUGUUUUAAAUCGGGUCCUAAUGAAAGAAAAAUAAUAGGCAUGAUGACUGAUUUUGAAAAACAAUCCUAAAAUGUUCGGAAGAGUCUACUAUUUACGAAAAAUAUAAUAUUUCGGUAUAUAAUAAAGGUUUAUGUUGGAAAAAAUACAUUUUAAAUUUAAAUUCUCUGAUUCCCGCUAAAACGCUAGUCUGUUUAAUGGCGGCUGCUUGUGACGUUGCUAGUUCGUAAAGACAAUAACAGCUGAUUUAUUGCUCUUGUUAGUUGUAUGACUUUAAGUUUGUUUACGUUUGAAUUUUUAAUUUUUUCAUUACAAUGAUGAAUCCAUAUGUAUAUCGUUGGUGUGCGGUUCCUCAAUGUACUAAUACAUCUAUAAAAACUCCAAAAAAGCUUUUUAUUCAAGUUCCAAGGAAGGAAAAUAUAAGAAAUACGUGGUUAAAACUUGCAAGGCGAGAUUCAGCAAAUAUAGCUCCUAGCUCCGUUCUAUAUUUCUGCGAAGACCAUUUUGAUUUACCAAAUGAUAUGGAAAACUAUAUAAAGUAUUGUGUGAUGGGUGCAGCUGCACGAGUUCGUAUGAAACCAGGAUGCAUUCCUAAGAAGUAUGAGUGUCAACCAGAUAGAAGAAAACGUACUUCCAACAUAACUGAACGAUCGUACGUUAUUAAAAAACAACGAAGGAUGCUAAUUCAAGAGUGUGAAAAGGAUUUGACUCAGGCUACAUCUACACAACAGUUAGAAACCAUUGACAUUUCAUCGGAAAGUUCAGUUUUGCACACAAUCGAAGAUGAAGUGCCAACAACCUAUCCGGAAUCAGCUGACAAAUCUGUACAAGUGAUUAUGAGACGCAAAUUUAGAAGCAAAGCUGUCCAGACAGAGGUUAUGUCCAUAAACCAGUUUACAUCACCAAUAAAACCUGAGCACAAAUCUGUUUCUACAUCCCCAUUUAAAAUUGUUCAUUGUCCAACCCAUACUAUUAAACCAGGAAUAUCAAACUUAUGUAAAACAUCAAAAUUUACUAUAGAAGAACAAUCUGACAUUAGGGAUUCGUUAUAUACACCAACUCAAGAAGAAAUAUCUCCUUCCAUGCAGUUUCUUCCAAUACAGUCUUCAGAUUGCAGUGAAGUUAUUGAAGAAGAAAAAAAAGAAGAGGCUUCAAAUAUCAUAAAAUACACUGUGAUGAAAAUUAUGAAAAAUCCACGAUCUUACAUGGGUCUCCCCAAAAACUGUUUAUAUUUGAUCGAGUUAAUUGCUACAGACACACAAAUUCCAGUUAAUCAUGUACUGCUUUGCUUAAAAAAAAUUAGAUUAAAUAGUCCAUUCAGAGAAUUAGCUGAUGAUUUUUCUAUUUCAACCACCUAUGCAAGCAAAGUAUUUUUUAAAAGUAUUCCGAUGAUAAAUAGCGUAAUGAGGCCAUUCAUUGUUAAGUUGGACAGUGUAUUAACAAAGCGUACUCUGCCUAUGGCCUUUAGACAUAAAUUUCAUAAAACUAGUUGUAUAAUAGAUUGCUUAGAAAUUGAAAUUCAAAAGCCUUCUAAAGCAGUUAAUCAAGCAUUAUCAUGGUCAGAUUAUAAAAAAGCCAACACCAUUAAAUAUUUAGUGUCUUGUACACCAAAUGGACUGGUAAAUUAUGUAUCACCAGGCUAUGGAGGUAGAGUAACUGAUACAUGCUUGGUGGAGUCAUGUGAUUUUAUAAAACAUUUAGAACCUGGCAUGUCUGUUAUGGCGGAUAGAGGAUUCAAACAUGUAGAGCAAUAUCUAUAUCAACACAAGGUGCAACUUGUAAGACCUCCAAGUGUUGUAACUGGUAAGAAACUAUCCAAAAGUGAGGUGAAAGAAACCAAGCAGAUUGCUAGUUUAAGGAUACAUGUUGAAAGGGUGAUUAGACGCUUACGAGAGUUUCAUAUGUUAAAGCCUCAUGCAUGUCUUAAUCCAAAUUUUGUGAAAAUCCUUGAUGAGAUUAUCCAAAUUGCAUGUGCUUUGAUAAAUUUACAGGAUUCCUUAAUUAAAUAAAAGUACAAUUAUUAUUA